GGAUGAUGAGAAGUUGAGAGGUCAGUGUGUAGGAAGCCGGUCGGGUUGGAUCAACCUGGCUGCUGCUAGUGAGGCUGUGAGACAUGCUGAGAGUAGGCAGAGCGGGGCUCCUGCUGAGCCGUGCUCUUUUUAAGAAUUCAUGGAGAUGGCAAGCAAGUUCAGCAUGUGAAAGAGCCUUGCAGUAUAAACCAGGCGAAACUAUUCAUGGAUUUAAAGUGAAUGAGAUUACCCCUGUUCCUGAAUUGUUUUUAACAGCAGUAAAGCUCAGCCAUGAAAGCACAGGAGCAAAAUAUUUACAUGUGGCAAGAGAAGACUCCAAUAAUUUAUUCAGUGUACAGUUUCGGACAACCCCUCUGGACAGCACAGGUGUCCCACACAUACUGGAACACACCGUUUUGUGUGGCUCCCACAAAUAUCCAUGUAGAGACCCUUUCUUCAAAAUGUUAAAUCGAUCAUUAUCCACGUUUAUGAAUGCUUUUACAGCGAGUGAUUAUACCAUGUACCCAUUUUCAACUCAGAAUGCCAAGGACUUCCAGAAUCUCUUGUCUGUGUACUUAGAUGCUGUGUUUUACCCAUGCCUGAGAGAACUGGAUUUUUGGCAAGAAGGAUGGAGAUUAGAACAUGAAAACCCAACUGAUUCUGCAUCACCGUUAAUAUUCAAAGGAAUUGUAUUUAAUGAAAUGAAGGGGGCAUUUACGGAUAACGAGAGAGUUUUUGCAGAGCAACUGCAGAACAAGCUUCUUCCUGACCACACAUACGCUGUUGUGUCUGGAGGCGAGCCAUUACACAUUCCAGACCUCACAUGGGAGCAGCUGAGGCACUUCCACGCCACUCACUAUCACCCGAGUAAUGCCAGGUUCUUUACGUAUGGUAAUCUUCCAUUGGAGCUGCAUUUGAAACAGAUACAUGAAGAUGCCUUGAGCAAGUUUGACUGCACAAACCCACAGACAGCAGUUCCUGCACAACAGCACUGGGAGACACCGAGAGAAUAUCACAUAACAUGUGGUGUGGACACAUUUGCAUCUGAUCCAGCUAAACAGACAAUGGUCUGCAUUAGCUUCCUGCUGUCAGAAAUCACAGAUUCAUUUGAAUCCUUUACAUUAAGCCUUUUGUCAUCUUUACUUGUCGAUGGACCAAAUUCUUCUUUCUAUAAAGCCUUAAUAGAAUCCAAGCUUGGUACAGAUUUCUCUCCUGAUUCAGGGUUUAAUAAUAAUACCAGAGAUACAUACUUCAGCAUUGGAUUGCAAGGAAUAUCUAAAGAUGAUGUUCACAAUGUGAAAGAAAUAGUAGCUAAAACGAUCGAUGAGGUCAUUGCGAAAGGAUUUGAGCCUGAAAGAAUUGAAGCUCUUCUGCACAAACUUGAAAUCCAGAUGAAACACCAGUCUACAGCUUUCGGGCUCUCUCUAGCUUCAUACAUUGCAUCCUGCUGGAAUCAUGAUGGAGACCCUGCUGAUAUGUUGAAAAUUGGAGACAAAAUAACUAGAUUUAGACAGUGCCUAAAAGACAACCCCACAUUCCUUCAAGAAAAAGUCAAGCAGUAUUUUAAGGAUAAUCUGCACAGGGUGACCCUGACUAUGAGUCCUGAUGAAGAAUAUUAUGAGAAGCAAGCUCGACUGGAAAAUGAAAAACUGAUCCAGAAGGUCAAAGCGUUGUCUGAAGAAGAACGAAAACAAGUAUAUGAGAAAGGUUUAGAAUUACUAGAACUACAGAGUAAAGCACAGGACGCUUCGUGUCUUCCUGCACUCAAGGUGUCUGACAUUGAGGCAUCCAUCCCACAUACAGAUCUGGAAUUGGCACAUGCAGGUGAGGUUCCUGUGCAGUACUGUGCACAGCCAACAAAUGGCAUGGUGUAUUUCCGAGCAGUCUCCAGCCUAAACACACUUCCUGAAGAGCUGAAGCCGUAUGUGCCCCUUUUCUGCAGUGUUGUCACCAAGAUGGGUUGUGGUGUUUAUAAUUACCGAGAGCAAUCGCAACAGAUGGAACUGACAACUGGAGGGAUGUCUGUCUGUCCGCACAUCGUACCUGAUGACUCCAAUUUGGACACUUACGAACAGGGUGUGCUCUUUUCAUCACUGUGCCUAGACAGAAAUAUGCCUGACAUGAUGAAUCUGUGGAGUGAAAUAUUUAACAGUCCUCAUUUUGACGAUGAGGAACGGUUACAGGUGUUAGUGCGAAUGAUUGCACAAGAGAUGUCUAAUGGGAUACCGAGUUCUGGACACCUGUACGCCUCAGUACGUGCAAGUAGAACACUGACCCCCGCAGGAGAAGUUCAUGAGCUAUUCCAUGGAAUGGAUCAGGUCAGAAUGAUGAAAAGGAUUGCAGAGAUGUCUGAUUUGAGUCCAUUAUUACGAAAGUUAUCACGUAUUCGGAAGUUCCUACUACUGAGCGACAGCAUGAGGUGUUCAGUAAACGCCACACCCCAGCAGAUGACUGCAGCUUCAAAAGAAGUUGAACUUUUUGUAGCAGGAAUCCAUCGUAGUAAAAAGGAACGCAAAGCGAUACGACCUCAUAUUAUCGAGAAAUCUUUAAAUCCUACUUCAGUUGGGAGUGAACUUGCACAGAAAGGCUCCAGAAAGUUGGUUCAUGACCCAACCUUCAAGCCCUGUCAGAUGAAGACGCACUUUUCCUUACCAUUUCCAGUAAACUAUAUUGGGGAAUGUGUAAGAACUGUCCCUUACAUGCAUGAAGACUAUGCCAGGCUACGCAUACUUGCACGGGUAAUGACCGCUAAGUUCCUUCAUGGAGAAAUUCGGGAAAAAGGAGGAGCUUAUGGGGGAGGUGCUAAAUUGAGCUUUGACGGAGUGUUCACCUUCUACUCGUAUCGUGAUCCAAAUUCAUUGUCAACAUUCUCCACAUUUGAAAAGGCGAUUGAUUGGGCUAAAUUUGGAAAAUUUACCUUAGAAGAUAUAGAUGAGGCAAAGUUGUCUGUCUUUUCAGCAGUGGAUUCUCCUGUUGCCCCUUCUGACAAAGGCAUGAAUUUCUUUAUGAAUGGUAUUAGUGAUGAGAUGCGACAGAAACAUCGACAGCAACUGUUUGCAGUCAGCCGAUCUGAUCUAAUUGAUGUAGCCGGCAGGUAUCUCUCUACUGGUCACUGCACCCAUGGUGCAGCUAUUUUGGGGCCUGAAAAUGCAAGUAUUGCAAAAGAUCCAUCCUGGAUUAUUCGAUGAGAUUAUUCUUCACAAAGAAGAUUGAAUUCCUAUUAAAAUAUUUGAAAUGUAUUAGUCCUUUUAAAGGAUAUCUAUUUAUAAAUGUGUAUCAUGUCAUUAUAGAUAUAUUUUUUAAACUUAACAUAUCUUGUAAUGCCAAACAAAUACAUCUUUCAAAACAGUC